AUGCUCAUCGUCAUUUUACUUUUAUUUGUUUCUGUUAGAAUUUCAUCUGGCAUAUUUUGUAAUGAUGGUUCAAAUCCAUGUAAAUUGGAUCUUCCAGGUUUACAUGGUUCAUAUUUUUUACCAAUAAAUGGUUAUCAUUGUUUUGAUGCUGUUAAUGAUGAAUUUAUUUGUUCAUGUCCAGAUGGUUCAACAACACAUAAUAGACCUUGUCGAAUCUGUAAUCGUGAUCCAAAUCCAUGUGGUGAUGGACCAUCAGUUGUUGCAUGUAAUGAUAUAAAUCAAUCUUUUUCAUGUAUAUGUAGAAACGAACAAGGAGAAUUUAUACAUACAACAAAUCCAUGUGAUAAUAUUGUCGUUACACCUCCACCUCUAGUUAGAUGCGAGAAUGGCGGUGUUAGAGAUCCAACGACAAAUCUAUGUAAUUGCCCAAGUGGUUUUACAGGUAGUAGAUGUGAAACUCGAGCAGAUAGUCAAUUGUGUGAUAGAAUUCAAUGUAUGUCAAAGGGUGUAUGUGCUAUUCGACCCAUAUUUGAAGGAGCAACAAUAUAUCAAUCAAAAUGUCUUUGUCGAGCAGGUUAUGAUGGAGUUUAUUGUGAAACACAAACUAUAGCAGGUUCUUGUACAUCAUCAUAUUGUUUCAAUGGAGGUGUUUGUCAACAACGUCAGGUUGGAUCUUCUAAUUUUUUUUUUUGUCAAUGUAAACCAGGAUGGUCUAGUACACGAUGUGAUAAACAAUAUUUUCGUUGCCGAUCAUCGGGAUAUUUUAUUGAUGAAUAUAUGAGAAAUCAAGGAAAAUAUUUCUCGUGUACACCUUCUAAUAAUGAUUAUUUACUUCAACAAUUAUCAUGUCCUAAAGGCCUUAAAUUUAACCUUGAAAAACAAUUAUGUCUUCUAUAA